AUGGCGAAGAAGAAAUCUGUAAGGAAACCGUUUCUGGGUAAGACCCAAACUGAGUCUGAUUUGGGAGUGAACGCUAAUAGUGUUUUACAAGAUGGUGAGCCGAAAGUUGCUGGGUCAGCCUCUUCUAGUUGGGCGGAUCAAUUGGAAAGAGGAGACUAUCAAUCAUCGGCUCAAAAGCAUUGGAAUCAAUUCAAUUCAGGUAAGCUCUCUUUUAGUGAUGAGAAACUAGAAUAUGCUAAACCUCUCGUUAAGGAUGAUAAGAGGAUAGCACUGAUUGAUGAGGAUGAAGUAAGAAGUCAGUCAGCAAAUUGGAAUUCAGCAGUCAUUUGUAUGGUUCUAGGAGCUAACCCUCCCAUGGCUGUUUUUGAAGGCUUUAUCAAGAGAGUUUGGGGUCAUCUUGAGAUUGCUCAAAUUGCUAGAAUGGCUAUGGGUCUGAUAAUGGUAAAAUUUAACGAUGAGGCUACUCGCAGCCAUGUUUUGGAGAAUGACUGCCUUCAUUUUGACAGAAAACCAGUGAUUGUGCGACCUUGGACAACUGAUCUAAAUGCGGUUCGAUUGAUUCGCUCAGUUCCUUUGUGGAUUAGACUUCAUGACCUUGGUCUUCAAUACUGGGCAAGAAAGUGCCUUAGUGCAUUAGUGAGCACUAUAGGCAAGCUGAUUAUGGUUGAUAAAUUUACCCAAGAGAGAACUAAAGUUCAAUUUGCCAGGAUUUUGGUGGAGGUGGAACUUUCAGAUAAUCCUCGUAGGAUUAUUCAUUACAUGAAUGAGCAAGGUCAACUAGUAAAGCAAGGGGUGGAGUACGAAUGGCUGCCAGUCAAAUGUAAAAACUGUGAAGGUUAUGGACAUGUUAUGUCUGAUUGCCGCAAGGAUCAGAAACCACAAGUGAUUCAGAAAACUACUCUAAAUAAAAUUUCUCCUGAGCUAGAAAGGGAUAAGAUCAAACUAGUGUCGGCUCCAACUUCAGAGAUGGCCACAGAGCAGGUUGUAAAUACUGAAUCUGGACAGGGACAAAGUUCAGGUUCUAAGGAGAUGGUUGAGGACACAUCUGUUAUUAAGGGCCAGGAAUCAAAGAAUAAAUGGAAAACACCUAAGAAGGCAGGGCUUUUACAUAAGAUCGGUCACAGAGAUAGUAGUAGCAGUAAGAAUGGUCAUAAAGAUGAGGUCCAAGGUAAGAAAUUUACCAAUCUCUGGAACAUUAGGGGAUUGAAUAACCCGAAAAAGCAUGCUGUUGUGUUAGAAAUUUGCAGUAAGAAUAAAAUAGGGAUUGGAGCUAUUUUAGAGAAUAAAUUGAAGGGAAGAAGAGUGCAGGAACUAAUGGUUAAUAAAUUCAGGAACUGGGACUAUUAUACUAGUCUAGUGACAGAGGGAAGGAUCUUGAUUAUAUGGAGGAAAAUGUUUGUCAAUGGAAGUGUGUUAGAGGAGAAUUCUCAGUUUGUUCACUGCCUGGUUAAGAUGACAGGUCACAAUCGCUCUUUUAAUGUUACUUUUGUUUAUGGCCGAAAUACAUUGGAGGAGAGGAAGGCUCUAUGGCAAGGUUUAGCUCAGCUUGGUUGUCCAACUUACUCUUGGAUGGUUUUAGGUGAUUUUAAUGCUUUGUUUACAGCUAGAGGUAGAAGUGGGGGAAAAUCAGUGUCACCAAUGGAACUUGUAGACUCUUCUCAUUGGAUUGCUUUGACUAAUCUUGAAGCUCUUAAGAGUACUGUAUCUUUUUUUACUUGGACUAACAAUCAAGAAGGAGGUGCUAGAAUUUAUUCUAAAAUAGACCAUGCUUUUAUUAAUGAGGAUUGGUUAGAUGAUUUUCCCAAUACUUCAGUUGUGUUCAAAUGGGAAACGGUCUCAGAUCACUGCUCUUGUACCAUUUCUAUGUUGCCAGUAGAGAACUUGGGUAUUAAGCCUUUUCGGUUCUACAAUUUAUGGACUGAUCAUGUAAACUUUAAGCAGCUGGUUUUAGAUAAUUGGAGGCAGCCGAUGAGGGGGAAAGGACUGAAAUCUAUCUUUUUAAAGACAAUGAGGUUAAAGCAUAAAUUGAAGAGCUUCAACAUGGACUGUAUUGGAGAUUUAGGAGUUAAUUUUCAAUCAGCAAAGGAUCAAUUUCAGGAGGCAUUGUUACAAGCUCAACUUCAUCCUAACAAUCUUUCUUUUCAGGAUACUGUCAAGAUUAAAGCAGAAAAUUUCAGAACUCAUGAAAAAAGAUAUUACAGUUUUUUGACUCAAAGAAACAAGAUAAAUUGGCUAAGACAAGGUGAUAUGAAUAGCUACAUUUUUUCAUGCUUAGGCAUAAUGGGGAGUUCUAGAUCUGCUUCCAAGGAGUUAAACAAGAAGUGUGUUGAUAUGGGGUCAAAACUGUCAUUAGACCAGCAGCUUCUGUUAUUAAAGUCAUUCUUGCACAAGGAGAUUCGCGAUGCCAUGUUCAGUAUUUCUAGCAUUAAAUCUCCUGGCCCAGAUGUUUAUGGUUCCGCUUUCUUUAAGGUGAUGUGGCAAGACAUAGGAGAUGAGAUUUAUAGAGCUAUACUUCAUUUUUUGAGUCUGGUUUCAUACCAGAAGAGUUAUUGA